AUGGUUCACAAAUCGACGUUUCGAGAUAUCGAGAUCCCAGAAUGCAACAUUCUCUCAUACCUCUUUCCCAAAGACAAAACACCCUCGACGAGGCCUCUGUGGAUAGAUGCAAGAUCUCCCGAGAAGAGUCUCUCGCCUGCCAGCCUACUGUUAUGGGUUCAGAGAUGUGCACUCGGACUCGACCGUCUGGGCAUACCAACUAACGAGGCAAUUAUGGUGUUCACGCCCAAUCAUAUUUUCGUGCCGGUGGUGUAUCUCGCAGCCGCGGGUUCAAAGAGAUACUAUACUGGCGCAAACCCGACUUAUACGGUCGACGAGCUUGCAUUCCAGAUAUCGACUGUGAAACCGGCGGUUGUGCUCAUUCAUCCUAGUCUAUUCAAGACGGGACAUGCAGCGCUGAAGAAAACCAACUUGAGUCAUCGCACUCAAGUGUUUCUGUUUGACGAUAGUGAUUGUGCAGAAGAAGAAGGUGUUCGAGAUUGGAAGACUUUCCUUGCUUCCAAGCAAGACGCCGCCUCUUGGAGAUGGGAUGAUCUUGGUCAUGAUGCCAGAACUCAAAUAGCGACGAUCAACUUCUCCAGCGGCACGACUGGCCUCCCUAAAGGUGUCUGCAUCAGCCAUCACAACAUCGUGUCUAACACGUCUCAGACCAUCAACGUCAAGUAUUCACAAAAGAGAGACGAGAGGAACCAUUCAGCCGAGAAAUGGCUCGCAUUCCUCCCUUUGUACCACGCUUUCUCACAACUAUUCACCAUUAACAUCGCAUGCCGCCUCGGCGUGACCGUGUACAUCAUGCAGAAAUUCUCCUUGCUGGACUUUCUCUACAAUAUCCAACGCUAUCAAAUCACCACGAUCCAGGCUGUCCCACCAAUCAUGAAUAUGCUAGCGAAGCGACCGGAGACAGCGCGCUACGACAUCAGCAACGUGCGCAAUAUUAUGGUCGGCGCGGCUCCGUUGUCCAUCCAACUCGGGAACGAACUUACUACUCGAUUCGACUUCUGCAUCGCGCGCGGCUGGGGCAUGACGGAGACGACGUGUGUGGGGAUUCUAAUGCCCGACGACAUGAGUAACUGCGAUGGCACGUCUGGGUAUCUGCUACCCAAUACCGAAGCGAAACUUGUAGACGAGGAUGGAUGCGAGGUGGCCGAUGCGCCUGGAGAGCUCUGGAUCCGUGGUCCGCAGACGAUGCUCGGGUAUUGGAACAACAACAGCGCGACUCGCGAGACCGUCACGUCCGACGGAUGGGUCAAGACCGGCGACAUCGUGACGGUCAAAAACAACAUGUUCUGGGUCGUCGACCGCAAGAAAGAACUCAUCAAGGUCAAUGGCCUGCAAGUCGCACCUGCGGAGCUUGAAGCUCUGCUGCUACACCACGAACAGAUCGCCGAUGCGGCGGUUGUGGGUCUCGUGACCGCUGAUGGAGAUGAAUUUCCGCGUGCUUAUGUCGUGCCGCGUCCGGGGCUGAAGCCCGAGGAGCAGCUGACGGAACAGGAUGUACAGAGCUAUGUGGCGCGGAACGUCGCGAAGCAUAAGCGGUUGACGGGCGGGGUGAGGUUUGAGACAGUGAUUCCAACGCUGCCGAGUGGGAAGAUCAUGAGGAGUGUGGUGAGGCAGUGGGCGAAGCAGGAUGCAAAGGCGUUCGGGCCCAGGAGGUCACUGCUUUGA